CAUCUCUAGUUAGCAGACUCGCGACUGGUGCGCUUUGUUUUUGUAGCACGAAAAUUAACAAGAAAACGAAAACGCAAAUACACAAAAAAACAACAGUAAAGUGCCAGCAACAACAGAAAGUGUGCAAAUCUCAAACAGAAACAUUUCCAUUCACACAUACACACACACACACACACGAAGAGAGAGAGAGAGGGGGAUAAACAUAAACACACAGAGACAUACCAGCAUAUUGAGAGACCGUCCGUAAAUCAUUCUUUAAUCAAAUCAAAUCCAGUCAAAAAUCAACAAAUAUGGCAACAACACCACGCAGUGGAGGUGCCGCCGGUUCUGGUGCGGCACAACGCCCAAAUGGUACAUCUCAAAAUAAAAGUUGCCAAUUCAAAUUGGUGCUCCUGGGCGAAUCGGCCGUGGGUAAAUCAUCAUUAGUGCUACGUUUUGUCAAGGGGCAAUUCCAUGAAUAUCAAGAGAGCACGAUAGGUGCGGCCUUUUUAACACAAACCAUUUGCAUAGAGGAUACGGUGGUCAAGUUUGAGAUCUGGGAUACAGCCGGUCAAGAGCGGUACCACAGCUUAGCUCCCAUGUAUUAUCGAGGAGCCCAGGCGGCCAUCGUUGUCUAUGAUAUACAGAAUCAGGACAGUUUUCAACGUGCAAAAACCUGGGUCAAGGAACUGCAUAAACAAGCCUCACCAAACAUUGUUAUUGCUUUGGCUGGCAAUAAAGCAGAUUUAUCUAACAUUCGUGUGGUUGAGUUUGAUGAAGCGAAGCAAUAUGCUGAGGAGAAUGGUUUACUUUUCAUGGAAACCUCUGCGAAGACGGGCAUGAACGUCAAUGAUAUCUUUUUGGCCAUAGCCAAGAAACUACCUAAAAACGAUGGCGCCAACAAUCAGGGAACCAGCAUAAGGCCGAAUGGAAAUGAAACAAAUCGACCGACAAACAACUGCUGCAAGUGAUGUCCCUUCGUAGAAAAUGAAAUUUCCAACGAGAGAUUUGAAAAGUGUAUGCUGAUAAUUAUUAAUAAAAAAAUUAUUUAAAAAAUUUAAAAAAA